UUUUUUUUGUACCAGCAGGAGUCAAGUUACAACGAGCUGAUGUGCGGAGGGAAGAAAACACUCUUUGAAUAAUUCACGCGUUCGUGCUUUCGACGGGCAUUGGAGACGACGUCCAGCCGAGAGGCAACAAGCUGUAGGCGGGCAGACAUGCUGUAAAACAUCCUUCCCCGCCUCGCCGGGAUGACGAGCCAAGAGAUUUAGCUGAUACGUUUGUUGCUGGCUGAUUCAGGCAAGAGUUGACCAUGGACUCGUUCAGCACCAAGAGCUUGGCCAUGCAGGCGCAGAAGAAGCUGAUGAGCAAGAUGGCCACCAAGAGCAUGGCCAGCCUCUUCAUCGACGACGUCAGCAGCGAAGUCCUGGACGAGCUGUACCGGGUCACCAAGGAGUACACCCGCAACCGCAAGGAGGCCCAGAAGAUCAUCAAGAACCUGAUCAAGAUGGUGGUGAAGCUGGGGGUGCUCUACAGGAACAACCAGUUCAGCAGCGAGGAGCUGAGCCUGGUGGAGAACUUCAGGAAGAAAGUCCACACCCUGGCCAUGACGGCGGUGAGUUUCCACCAGAUCGACUUCACCUUCGACCGGCGGGUCAUGAGCGCCCUGCUGAACGACUGCCGCGAGCUGCUGCACCAGGCCAUCAAGCGCCACCUGACGGCCAAGAGCCACUCGCGGGUCAACCACGUCUUCAACCACUUCGCCGACUGCGACUUCCUGGCCGCGCUCUACGGGCCCUCGGAGGUCUACCGCGCCCACCUGCAGAGGAUCUGCAACGGCGUCAACAAGAUGCUGGACGAGGGCAACCUCUGACCUCCGAGUUACCUCCCACCCCCAACCCUGAAGUUGACAAUCACCAACGUUGUUUGGUUCUUGCGUGUGCCUCUCAAACACUGAAGUGCUCUCUUGCCCAAAGUCUUUCUUUCCUCACACGGCUUUUGUGUGGAAGCAAACAAAAGGCGGAUAAAGUGAAUGUAAAAGUUAGCGUAGCAGCCUCUCAGUCCAAAGGCACAUUGCUCACUCUGUGAAUCCCUCAGUCGCUUAUAUCUCUCACUGGGAGCGGGAAGACCAUACCUUCCAAAAACAUGUUUUCUAUACGACUGUUGCACUCAAGCCUGAAUAAUGCUGUACCGUUCCUGCAAGAAUGCAAGUCUGUGAAGUGGACUAAUCCUGCUUAGCCUGCGUGUUACCCAAGCUAACGUUGAUCUCCACUUCUACUUCUGGAGGAAUGGUCUGCUUCCUAGCGGGAGCAACAAAGGGUGAGGUAUCUGGGUCAAGGUCGGACCUUGCGCUUUCACAACGGAACGGUCCCGACAAAAGUGGGUCAAUGGAGUGAACCGUACGCUGUUUUAUUCAGGGUAACAUUAGAUUUUGGUCGGAAAACGGGUCGAUUCGCCAGCCGGCUAGGUUAGCAUCUUGCCAGGUCAACACAAGAUGAGGUAUUUGGGUCAAGGUCGGAACCUUGGGUCAAGCUCUGGCCUUGGUUCAACGCUUUCACAACGGAACAGUCCCGACAACUGUACGAGAGGCAGAACUUGCAACAUGCUAACCAAGCUAAUUGUUUCCAAAUGUUUGCCAAAAAGACAGAAAGUGCAAACUGUGGUCUUUUUACCGUACCUUUCAACCAUGAAGUAAACCCCCCUGAUGAAAACUGUGCUAGCAUUAGUAUCCUUGGCUAUGCUAACAAAAGCUUUUUCUUGUUGUUAUCGCCCUAAAGCUGUUUUAUUCAGGGUAGCAUUAGAUUUUGGUCGGAAAACAGGUCGAUUCGCCAGCCAGCUAAAUUAGCGUUUUGCCAGGUCAACACAAGAUGAGGUAUUUGGGUCAAGGUCGGACCUUGGGUCAAGGUCGGGCCUUGGGUCAAGGUCGGGCCUUGGGUCAAGGUCGGACCUUGGGUCAAGGUCGGAACCUUGGGUCAAGCUCGGACCUUGGUUCAACGCUUUCACAACGGAACAGUCCCGACAAAAGUGGGUCAAUGGAACGAACCGUACGAGAGGCAGAACUUGCGACAUGCUAACCAAGCUAAUUUUUUCCAAAUGUUUGCCAAAAAGACAGAAAGUGCAAAAUAUUGUCUUUUUACCAUACCUUUCAACCAUGAAGUAAACCCCCCUGAUGAAACCUGUGCUAGCAUUAGCAUAUCAUACAUUUCAACCAUGAAGUAAACCCACCUGAUCAAAACUGUGCUAGCAUUAGCAUCCUUGGCUAUGCUAACAAAAGCUGUUUUUGUUGUUAUCGCCCUAAAGCUGUUUUAUUCAGGGUAGCAUUAGAUUUUGGUCGGAAAACGGGCCGAUUCGCCAGCCGGCUAGGUUAGCAUCUUGCCAGGUCAACACAAGAUGAGGUAUUUGGGUCAAGCUCGGACCUUGGUUCAACGCUUUCACAACGGAACAGUCCCGACAAAAGUGGGUCAAUGGAACGAACCGUACGAGAGGCAGAACUUGCAACAUGCUAAACAAGCUAAUUGUUUCCAAAUGUUUGCCAAAAAGACAGAAAGUGCAAACUGUGGUCUUUUUACCAUACCUUUCAACCAUGAAGUAAACCCCCCUGAUGAAAACUGUGCUAGCAUUAGCAUCCUUGGCUAUGCUAACAAAAGCUGUUUUUGUUGUUAUCGCCCUAAAGCUGUUUUAUUCAGGGUAACAUUAGAUUUUGGUCGGAAAACGUGCCGAUUCGCCAGCCAGCUCGGUUAGCAUCUUGCCAGGUCAACACAAGAUCAGGUAUUUGGGUCAAGGUCGGGCCUUGGGUCAAGGUCGGGCCUUGGGUCAACGCUUUCACAGCGGAACAGUCCCGACAAAAGUGGGUCAAUGGAACGAACCGUACGAGAGGCAGAACUCGCCACAUGCUAACCAAGCUAAGUUGGUAUCCGCUAAACUGUGCUAGCCUCAGCAUACCGUAUCUUUCAACCAUGAAGUAAACCCACCUGAUGAAAACUGUGCUAGCAUUAGCAUCCUUGGCUAUGCUAACAGACACUUGUCUCACUAAAUCAGUUUUAUUCAGAGUAACAUCAGAUUUUGGUCAGAAAUCAGCUCAAUUAACGAGCUAGCUCGGUUAGCAUCUUGUCGGGUCUCUAAAAAAGGAAGUAAUUGGGUCAAUGUUGGACCUUUGUGAAAGAGUCGCCGCAGACUCGACGUCUCUCGUAGUGAGCAGACGUCACACCUUCAGCCACACCGAUAUCACGCUAGUCGUUUUGAAUAUUUCGCUAAACAAACGACAAAAAGUCCCGACAAAAAGGGGUUCAAUGGAAUAAACCGUACGAGAGGCAGAACUUGCUAGCGCCGUGACAUGCUAACCAAGCUAAGUUGCUAUCUCCAAACUUCGAAGGAUGUUGGGGGGCAACUUUUAGUUUGUUUACCGCACUAAAAGUGAAUUUAAACGUAUCAAAUCUAAACAAUCUCAGCUUCUAAAAGUGACAAAGCAGGAAAUUGUUCUGGUUCUAGGCCACAGACUUUUAAACGCUCCUAAAAGAUGCCGUGAUUUAGAUACAUGCCAUACCUUUCAACCACCACACCUAUUAUGGAUCUACGUGAUGAAAACUCUACUAGCGUUAGCAUCCUUGGCUAUAAUCACAGACACGUUUUCAAUGUUAGCAUCAGAUUUUGCUCAGUUAGCCAGCCAGCUAGCUAGGUUAGCAUCCUUCUACCUCUCUGCCUUUUGUGUUUGUCUGGUCUCGGUGUUGAAGAGUGCGGACAUGUUGUAAGAACUGUACUAAGUAACACAUGUUGUAAGAACUGUACUAAGUAACAGUUGUUGUAAGAACUGUACUAAGUAACAGCUGUUGUAAGAACUGUACUAAGUAACACAUGUUGCAAGAACUGUACUAAGUAACACAUGUUGCAAGAACUGUACUAAGUAACACAUGUUGCAAGAACUGUACUAAGUAACACAUGUUGCAAGAACUGUACUAAGUAACAGCUGU